CGGUUGUGCAAGAACGUUACCUUUAAAACACUAUACAGUCAGCCGUUGAAGACGAGCCGCUCCAUGAUCAUAUAUUUUGAUUUUUAAGUUCGUGACUAAAAUCAACGAUGGAGGUAGAACAGUUUAACUACGACGCUCCCCAGUUCUUUGAUUUCCAGAACGAUGUCAUUCCCGAGAGCAUCGAUAAUUAUUUUGAUGUAGACCACGAGGUACUUAAAUCAAAGAGGGCCGCCAGUGUACCUUCCAAAACACCCGUUAAAAUUCGAAUGUCAGAAGUCGCUUCCCCAGAACAGGAGAAUAAAGAAAACUGCACUCCUCCUUCUCAUAGGGAACGAUCCUCCAGCGUCCCCCCUUCUGCAAAACAGAGUGCUUCAAGGCCUGCUCUGGGCGACAUUACUCUUUGGUCUGCCAAGAAGUCCCAAGUCACUUAUCUGGACAAUGGGCGGUCUGUCAUCGUGCAAAAGUACGAUGGAAUCCAGAUUAUGACUCCAAACAAAACUCAUCAAAUGGAAACCAGACUUGAUGUUGUUAUUAAAAGUCCAGGCCUCUCUCUGAGAAGCAGAAGUAUCACCAAACCAAUUGGAAAUAAUGGUGUUAGCGCUUCUUCCAAGGAAAAGACUGAAUCGGCUGAGCCAAGUGCUGUUGAACAAGAAAUGAAUGUUGAUGAAGAAAACGAAUCAGCUCCUGAAGAAAGAGCCGAAAAUGAAGUGCCCAAGCAAGCUGCUGUGAUACCCAGAGGCCGGUCGGUCGUUUUACUGCCUCCCAAAGUCUCCUUCAACCCCUCAGUCGCACCUGAAGCUGCCAAAGUCCAGCAACCCAAACCUGUCAGAAUUCGUCACAAUGCACCUGUUGUUGCCCAACACAGUUUUAUACCAAAACCUGCGGCAAAGCCUGAAGAGAAAGGUUCCAGGUUCCAAGCCACAGCUGAGUUGGUGCGGAAAUUCCACAGGGCCACGCCUGAUCGCUUCCAUUCAGUGCCGUUAAAUAAGAAGCCCCAGCCUAAGAAGCCACACAGUCCUCUGGUCGCCAAGCCGAACACAAUUCCAAAAUCACCAUUCCUUACGUCAAAGACUCGAGUUCGAAACGAACACAUUCCCUCACACGCUGACAAAGAAGAGGCGGAGUUGGAGGAGAUUAAAAAGAACCAGAUCAAAGCCAAGCCUGUGCCUCGUCAAGUUUUAUUGCCGCCAGUGCAGAGAGACCUAGCUGUUGCCAAAAUUCCAGCCACCAAGCCAUCACCAUUCAAACUCUCAGAGGGCAAGCGUAAAAUGCCAACACCAGAGCCAGUCUUUCGGUUCAAGGCAAACCCAGUUCCACGCAGAAUGCUGCAAUCACCACAGGGCAUCCCUGAGAAGAAGAAUUUGCCUCUUACGGAACCCCACACUCCUGCCUUAGCGUUGAACGCCAAGUACCCCAAAAAGCCCAAAUUGGAUGGCAUUGACUUGAAAAAAAUCGGGCACAGCGGCGUGCCCAUUGUCAAGCAGAUGACUCCUCACAAGCUUACCCAGGUGCAGCCAUUCAGUUUCGAGGAGAGAAGCAAGGAAAUCCUUCAGAAGCGUCAGGAACUUUUGCAUAAGCAAAUUGAGGAGGAAAAGCAGGCCCGCGAAUUCAAGGCUGGAAAGAAGCCGACUUUCAGGCAGAUCCCGACUCUGCCAGAGAAGAAGACGCUGCCACCAACUGUCCCUCACACCCCCAAGCUCUCAACCUACACUUUUGGCGCCAAGCAGCAGCAGAAGUUCUAUGAAAAGUUGGCCGAGGAACAGCAAAAGCUGCAGGAAGCCGCCCAGUUCAAGGCUAAGCCAGCCAUUGUAACCCAGAUUGAUCCGUUCCACCCGUUGCUGCCGCAUAGGAUCAUCACGGACGUUGCUCCCGUGGCAGCUUUGACGCUGAAUACUGAGAAGAGGGCCGUGGAGAGGGCCAAGUUUGAUGAAAUCAUUCGUGCGCAUGACCGCGACAAGGAGGAACAUAGACGCCUGUUGGAGCUGAUGAAAGAAGAGGAAGCGCGCAAGGAAGAAAUGAAGAUGCGCAAGGAGGCUGAAUUCCAUGCUCACCCUGUCCGCAAAGGAACCCCGAUGAAAAUCAAGCCGUCCGAGAGACCCUUGACUGAGCCUCGCAGCCCAAAUUUCAAGGUGGACGAGAGGCUCUCCAAACACUAAGAAACUUGUAGCUCUGUAUGCUGAUACCAUUUUUGUCUCACGCAAAAUUGAGUCUCAGACCACCGCCUGAUUUUGUAAAGUCUUCUCACCAAUCUUUUCUGUUUUUCACAAAAUAGAUUUAGCAUUGGAAUGA